AACACAACUUACAGCGGCACAAACACACAUUAUCCUCACUUUUUUACACACUAUAUAAGUCGGUUUUACUACACUUCUGGAGAUUUCGCAGAUUUAAAUGCGCCUGGAGCUCAGGAGGAGACCGGUGCAGGAUGAUUCCUGUGAUUCCUGUGGAGUUCUGCACUCAUGUCCUGGCAGAGUUUGACUGUCUGGACCCCCUUCUUUCCGCCCUGCGACUGGACUCGGGACGGAUCAAAUGCACAUGUCUCUCCGUGUCCAGGAAGUGGUUGGCUUUAGGCACGUCUGCCGGAGGACUUCACCUCAUUCAGAGAGACGGCUGGAAGCAGAAACUCAUUCUCACACACAAAGAAGGUUCAGUCACGCAGGUCUCAUGCUGCCCCCAUGAUGAAGACUUUAUCGCCGUAGCAACGAGUCAGGGUUUGGUGGUGGUGUGGGAGCUGCAUUUGGAGCGGCGUGGCCGUCCGGAGCGCAUCUCUGUGUCCUGGGAGCAUCGCGGAGAGACAGUAACAUCUCUGUGCUGGGACACCGCGGCCCUCCGAGUGUUUGCCGGAGAUGUCGGAGGGAAAGUGUCCUGUGUCCGGGCUGGGUCAUCUAAACUUGGGAAGGGCUCAGCGUUUGUGAUGUUCCCGGUUCAGACCAUCACCACAGUGGAUUCACAUGUCAUUCAGCUGGGCUACUCAGACGGACAUCUGGUGGUCUCGUCUCUCAGCCGCUGCUACCUGUGUGACACAGAGAGGGAGAAGUUCUGGCGUGUGGGUAAUAAAGAGCGAGAUGGAGAGUUUGGGGCAUGUUUUCUCUCACAGGGUCCGGCGGGUCAGCGGGGUCAGGCGCUGCUGUACUGUGCCCGGCCUGGCUCCCGAAUAUGGGAGGCCAAUUUCAGUGGAGAGGUCCUGAGCACACACCAGUUCAAACAGCUGCUGGCCUGCCCACCGCUGCCCCUCGUCUCUUACAAGAAUGAGCCACAUUUCAACCCCACACAGACGAGUCCACAGUCUCUGGCUUUCCCAAGACUCCUUCAGUUUGGUGAUCAAAACCUGCUCACCUGGACGGAUUCGGCCAUCUAUAUCUUCACUCCUCACAGCGGUCAGGUUCUGCUGUGGACAGAGGUCAAAGAUGUGGUGGAGAUUUCAGUUUUCCGUAAUGAGCUGUUUUGUCUUCAUGGUGAUGGACGUUUGUCUCACCUGUCGCUGAUGUCACCUGAGCGCUGUGUGGAGCGUCUGAUGAAGAGGGAGAGCUGGACGCUCGCCGCCACCGUCUGCUGCAUGUUUCAGCACGCAAUUAUUACAUCCAGGGCCAGGAAGUCCCUCCCCAUUGAUCGCUUGGAGCAGCUCAAGGCUCAGCUAAACUCCGCCUCCCAGCAACAGCUGAUUGGUCAGCUUGAGGACGUGAUCAGCAAACUGGAGCCACUGGACUCCGCCUGCAGCAGCCGGAGGAGCAGCAUUUCCUCACACGAGAGCUUCAACGUUCUGGACUGCGGCAUCUACCGCGUCAUCAGCCGAAGAGGCAGCCAAUCAGACGAUGACUCCAACUCCCUCGCCAACCAAUCGAUGCUUGAGGAGGAGCGGCUGAAGGAGUUCAGUUUCACCGAGGACGAGCAGGUGGAGAAUGACUCUCAGUCUGUGCGUGGAGAGAGCGACAGGUCAGACCUCAGCUUGCAGUUUCUGCCGCUGCCUUUCCGCUCAAAACCCCCACGAGUCGCCCUGCAGGCUGUUCGAGACAGUGUCUCUAGCUUUGUGAAAAAGACCACCGAGAAGAUCAACACGCUCCAGAUGAACGCAGACCUGUGGCCUCGGCCUGACCUCAGGGAAGGGGUUCAAGGGGAGGUCACGGCCACAGUGACCCCUCUUCCAGAAGAAGUCGAGCAUGAACUGAGCGCUGAGCAGUCCAGCUCUGAGUCUGAGCUGCAGGAGUUGAGGGCCGCCACAAAGAAAGCCAUCUCUCAGAUCCAGGACCCCAUGGUUUUACUGGACCCCGUCUCUCUCGGCGAUGUACUUCGAGAGUGGGCUCCGGUUCUGGAGAGGGUCCUGGGUCCGGAGGAUCACACCAGACCUACAGAAAUAACAAAUCAAGAGGAGAGGACCCUGGAGGAGGAAGAGCUGGUUUCAUCGAUGUCCUGUUGCGUCGUGGUUCAGCCAGAGAUCUACUCUCCUAAUCUGGAUGAAUCCGCAACUCUCAGUGAAGAAGAGGACCUUGGAGAGAGCAUCCCUUGUUCCACCGCCCCAGUCAGAGUGCCGUUCCCACCUCUUGCGAGCCAUGUCGAACUAAUACAGCUGUUUUCCCCCAAACCUCUGCCCCCUGACCUCCAGGCUGACCUCUCGCAGCUGGCCUGUCUUUAUCUGGAGAUGGGCUGCCCCGGUAGAGGAGGCAUCGAAAGCGUGUGUGUGUUCCUCAGGAGGUACUUCUUCCUGUUGGACCAGGAGAGAGUGAGAAAGAUGUGUAUGCUGCGAUACAGAGAGCACCGCGAGGUGAUGAAGGCAUAUAUUGCUGGCAUGCUGGGGUCACAAAUGUGGCGCUCUCAUUUCUUCAGCUGGGGUUAUGGGCGUCUGCUGUCUCUGCUGAUCCGCCUGCCUGCUAAUCUGGCCUCCAAACAGAAGAUGCUGGAGAUGUGCAGAACUCAUGGGUAUUGGAUGGGUUACCUGUACCUGUGCAGAGAGCUGCAGCGGAGGCCCGAGGCUUUCAGUGCCAUCUGCAGACUGGAUGACAUGACACUACUAGAGGGGGAUGAUGGUACAACAAUCACAGAUGUUCAAAACUUCUCCCAGCAAAUCAGUUCAAGCGACGAAGCCCCGGCGGCUUCAGCUCUACCCAGCAGCCCCAAUGGAUCCUGUUCAGACGACACUAACGGCACGAGCGAUAGUUCUCCCGACCUAUCAGACGGUUCGACUGACUGGAGCAUUCGCAUCAGCCCAGAGAACAUCAUCCUGCGUCUGAUGCAGGUGUUCGGGCCGGACCGGGCCCUGACGGCCCUCCAGGAGCACGGGAUUCAGGUGGAUCUCAGUUCACGCUCCAUGCUGGUCUGCAAUCUGCUUCGUAUGGCUGAGAAGCGGCAAAGAGCACUGAUUCAGACCAUGUUGGAGCGCUGUGACCGGUUUCUAUGGUCUCAACAAGCUUAAAACUCCCAUGUCCACUUGAUCUCCACAUAUGCCUCCAGGACAUACAUGUAGUAUUGUGUCUCCUGUUUCCUAUUUAGCUAUUUAAUAAGGUGCUGACACAGUAUUAACAAUGGACCUUUUUAUGUUAAACAUAAAUCCAUUAAUGCAUAAAUUAUCCUAUGGAGUUGAAUGGAACAAUUUAUGUAAGAAUGCUUCAAUCUACACUUCCAUGUUCAUUAAUGAGGCCCAACGUGUUUUCAUGUGGUUUUAGGACUAUACAGGAUAUACAGUAUAUUCCUUGAAUAUAUAAAA